AUGCCAAGGCCCGCGACGACAUCAAGUGCGAGUUAUUCCGGCUCCGGGGCGAUGGACGCAGCGCAGUGGUCGAAACAGCUUCCCCAACUGCAGGUGGUCCCAGAGCAAGUCCCCAAGCUUGAAUUCGACGGCAAUUUUGCGACAGCUAUUCCACCACAACGAUAUAGAGACCACAUAAACAUAUUGGUCCGGUUGAAACAGGCACAACACCUCCUCCUCUGCAUUAAGCCACAGCACAUCCAUCCUAACAGGAUUUCUCACAGCAGCCAAACCGACACAAUGCCGGACGAAAAUGUAUCCGCACCUCCCCUACCCGUGGCAGCGCCCAAAUCAAAACCUGUGAGCGAAGCUCUAUUGAACGAAAAGUGGGACCGCGCAAUAUCAUCAGGGGUGAUCCGCUCCGCGCUCGGAUUCUCCUUCGGCGUCAUAUUCUCAGUGCUGUUGUUCAAGCGAAGAGCAUGGCCUGUGUGGCUGGGUACCGGCUUCGGUGCUGGACGAGCUUGGGAGGAAGCUGAUGGUACGUUUUUGAGUUCAAAAUUCCUUCUACAGGAUCAGGGACGACUCGAUCCAAACCCGGGUAUACCUUUACUGACAGUUUCUCUCGUCCGUCUAGCAAACUUCAAGAGAGGCGAUUCAUUUACGACGGAUGGACUGAGGAAAGUAAGGACGGAGCGAUAG